AUGAAGGAACGGCGCGCCGCGAAGCGCGACCUGGCCCGGGGGUCCGACGGGGGCGCCGGCAUCACUUGGCCGCGGCGCGGAGCGGAGCUGGGCGAGCCGGCGGCGCCGGGCAGCGCCGAGCCGACGGAGCUCCGCGGCCCCUGCCCGGCCUGGGCUUCGCGGCUGGGGCCGGGCGGCCCCGGCCCUGCCGAGCUCGCCCGCGGCCCAGCGCCGGCGACGCCGCGGCGGCUCGCCGCGGCCGGACUGUUGAACCGCGGCGGCGCCCAGAGUUCAAAGGUGCUGGACAGCGUCGCACUAUUGAACUUUCGUGGCGCGUGGCGUCACGGUGCGAGACCCGCCUGGACUAUUGAAGUCUGGGCGCCGCUGAGGAGCGUCGGCACCGGGCCACCCGGGAAGGUGGAGCAGAGGUGCUGGCCUUCCCUGUCGGCCGACGAGGCGAGGUCGUGGACGGAGGCGGCGUGGCCCGAGGGGACCCAGGAGCUGGAGCCCCAGGCCGCCCAGAGCCCGCACACGCAGGGCGACCGCACGAGGAAGCGGGACAAGGUGUUCGGGUGGCUCCAGGACGUCAGCUCGGUGGUGGGGGCCGCGGCGAAGUCUGGAGCGGAGGUGGCCGCCGCCGCCUCGGUCGCGGCCGGGGGCAUCGCCGCCUCCGCGGCUGGCAACUUGAUGUCGCGCCCCCCCCCCCAGGAGCUGACAGUGGAGCCGCUCAGCCCAGGCUUCUCGCCCGCGUCGGUCCCCGGCGUCACGUUCGAGAACGCGCUGGCAGGAGAGGUCACGCACUAUGUGGCGAAGAAGGUGUGCCUGCUCACCAACAACCCGUUCUGCGAGACGGGCGGGCGGCUGCUGGUGACCAAUUUCCGCCUGAAGUUCCAGGUUCCGAAGGGAACAAUGCGGGAGGAGCUGCAGUGGAUGCAGGAGCGCAAGGUCUUAGACGUUCCACAUGGUGCGGUGGAAGACCUCAAGGUGGAGAAGCAGAAGGCAGAGUCAGGCAUGGAUCAGUUCCGGCUGAGGCUGAGGACCAAGGACCUGCGGUCUCUGACCUUCCUCCUCGCUGACGAGCAGGACGGACGCCAGGUGUUGCAGCUGCACCUCCUGUGCGCCUACGGCCGAGGGAGCCCCUCCGGGCUCUUCGCUUUCGCGCACCGGGCCGCCGCGGAGCGCGAGGGUGCAGGACCGACCCGCCUCUCGGCCGCAGGCUGGCGGGUGUACGACCCCCACGCCGAGUACGCCCGCAUGGGCGUCGACACCAGCGGCGCGCCCGCGCAGCAGUGCCCGUGGAGCCCCCCACGCACGAGGGCUACGAGCUGUGCAGCACGUACCCCGCCUGGAUUGUCGUGCCGAAGUGCCAGCAGGACCCAGAGAACCUGCUGGCCGUGGCGUCGUUCCGGAAGCGGGGCAGGCUGCCGGUGCUGA